GUAUAAAACAUUUUCGCGUCCAGGUAUGUAGGCCGGUAAACCGCGAAAUAAGAGAAACUAAUUGCCUACCUGUUACAUAUAAAUACGAUCGGGGCGCUAAGAACCAGCAUCAGUUCUUAAAAGACUGUCCUACCGACAAGAGCGCUUCUUCAAUCAGCAUUCUAAAACAUCUGAGCAGUAUGUCAGCAUUCACCUGCACACAGUUCCUGAACCUGAAUUUAAAGGACAUUUCGUCAAUGUCCACCACCGUCACAUUAGACGCAGCCUGCUUUGGACGGCAGGACUUGAACCUAUUUAUUGAGAGUCUAGAAACGAUAUCUCGCCUGGAGAAGGAGAGACACGAGCGACGACAGCUUCGGCGCGAGCAAAGACUACAACAGGCUCGAAUUACUGAGUUGGCGGACGAACGAUGCUCCAGUCCGAAACCCAGAGCCGAGGAAGCCGUUGACGAGCCGCUCUUAUAUCUGGAGGCCAAGUGCAUACCGUAUGCGGUUUCUGGCCAUAUUUUUGCACAGGGCGACAACACACCUUGUCCCGAAUACAAUAUGUGUGAUGACGAAGCGUACGGAAGUGCCUCGUAUUCAGCACGCAGCAGCGUCACCUACUGUAGCUGCGUUGGAAUCUCCAAUCUGGAUAUAGACUCCGGAGAAUCCGAAGGGAAGAGGAAACCGUUUGUGCAUGCGAGCUCCCAGGCCAAACCGAAGAAUAGAUAUUCUUCAACGCGAUCCCGCAUAAUUAACUUGGUGUUAAAGAGAAAUAGGGCGAAGCCCGCUCUCAUCGAGCAUCUGCAGCGACAGGGACAUUGUGACACGUUAUCCAGCGAGAACAUCAGUCACCAGUUCCCACGGCUUACUACUAGUCAGAAAAGGUCGGCUGAGCAUAGUUUUCUGGAUAAGGCCCUUCGAUAUCUUACAUUAUAAUAAGCUUCUUUGUGUAUAGAAUAUCUUGUAGGUUUGUUUAUAAAACAUUUCAAUACAUUCAAGUUAAUUGCCACAA